GCUUUUUCUGGAUCACUGCUCGUAUGUUGUAGCUGUUGGCUUCCACUUUCCACAAAUUUGAGCUCCGUCAGCUGUUUCUGGUUGUCCUCUGCAGGCUUUAAGCUUUAGGGUUUGAAGGGAUCUCUGCAACCGUCGAAAUGAGUUUCCAAGAUCUGCAAAAUGGCAAAAGGUCUUCCGCCGCUGCUUCUGCAAUGUCCAGAAGCCCAUCCCAAGCUGUUGCCGCCGGUAUUUUCCAGAUCAACACCGCUGUUGCUGGUUUUCGUCGCCUUGUUGAUGCCAUCGGAACCGCCAAGGACACCCCCGAGCACCGCCAGAAGCUGCAUAAUACAAGGCAGCGGAUUCUGCAGUUAGUUAAGGAUACUUCUGCUAAGCUCAAAUCUGUCAGCGAAACUGAUCACGAUGCUAAAGUUAACCCGAGUAAGAAAAUUGAAGAUGCGAAGCUUGCAAGGGAUUUUCAAACUACAUUGCAAGAAUUCCAGAAAGUACAACAGCUUGCCUCCGAGCGCGAAUCCACUUAUUCCCCUUCUGUUCCUUCGUCGUCUCUGCCUGUCGCGUCCGGCUCAGGUGAAUAUGUGGCACCUGGCAUGGAUCAGGAUACCCAACCUUUUCUUAUGGAACAGAAGAGGCAAGAGGUGUUUCUUCUGGAUAACGAAAUUGCCUUCAAUGAGGCCGUAAUUGAUGAAAGGGAACAAGGCAUUAAAGAAAUACAAGAACAAAUUGGACAAGUAAAUGACAUAUUCAAGGAUCUAGCUGUUCUAGUUCAUGAGCAGGGUGUGGUUAUUGAUGAUAUCCAUUCCAACAUUGAAUCUUCUGCUGCUGCAACAAAUCAAGCAAAAGUUCAGCUUGCAAGGGCUUCGAAAAGUGUGAAAUCCAGAUCCUCAUGGUGUUGGUGGCUACUGGGAAUUUUUAUACUGGCAGUGGUCAUCGUUCUCCUCAUCCUCAUUAUGUAGAGAACUGCAAUGCUAACCUGGGGACUUGCUCCAUCUUGAUCUGUUUGUAAGCAGGCUCAACUCUAAAGCUCCUCUCCUUUGACUCAAGCCCAAUCAAAUUUUAUGUGCUUUCUUUUUCUGAAUCCCUUGUUCAUACCCUCAUUUGCCACUAGCAUAUCUUUAUUAUAUACAUGUGUGUGAACUGAGAAUUUUAUUGAUAAAACUUGGUAGAGCUUCCCUGA